GCCGGUUUGUACGCCGAACACGAUUCCCAAGCAACCGGAAAAGAUGACAAAACCCAAGCAUAAACACUAUAUAACGCUGUGAGUUCAGAAACUUCAUCGCACUCAGCGAAAAUUGGCAAAAUGUGGAACAAACCGUAUUUGGGAAUAAUCAUUUUUUGUGUGAUGGCCAGCGGUGGAGAAGCCAUACCCACUGAUUUGGCCAGAUACUCUCAGUUGGGACAGGUACCGUUAGCGACAGCCAACAACAGCGUGCUGUCCACCACUGAUCAUUUGGGUCUCCUGCAGGAGACUUCCUCGGUAGCUCCGGGCUUUGAAUACGCCCUACUGGGUGAGGAUCCGCAGGAUCAGCAAUGGUUUCGCGUCAGCCUCACACCGAAAACCAACAAAACUGUCUACCGGGCGCAGUUCGCUACUCGAAAGCAUCCGCCCUUCAAUUCGCAAGUUGCCCACCGGCACGAUAAGACCAUUCAGGAUCUGCUCAACUGGCUGGACCGUUCCGAGGAUCAGAGUCUGUGGAAAGUUUAUCGUGAUCUGUUGGAGUACACGCCACAGGCACAGUCAUCUAGCCAGGAGUACCCCAAUGGCAUUGAAAUCGAGAAAGCGAAAAAGAUGUCCAGGAAGCAGGAAUGCCAUAGGAGCAAUCCCCGACUGCUCCUCGUGGAUGACGAGGGAACCAGUACCACGACUUCAUCAACGCCAAGUAAAAGUCCAACGCAACCCACGCAUGAGUUGGUGUAUUUCUUAAAGGGGCCUAAGUGAACCCUAGUUCUAAAGACGAAAUACUCGUGUUUGUCAUAAUAUUUAUUAAUACUUUGCAAAGAAAAGUUUUCGAAAUAAAUAACAUUUUGCUAACAAUAAA